AGAUGUCUUCAGAUAUUACCUGAGAGAUAUUCUUCGUUAGACAGUAACAGAAUGACGAUUGCCUUUUUUGCCUUGUCCGGACUUGACAUGUUGAAUUCAUUACAUGUUAUAGAGAAAGAUAAAAAGGAGAUUAUCGAUUGGAUCUAUUCAUUACAGCUUCUUCCUACAGAGGAUGAUUCAAACUUAAGCCAGUGUGGAUUCAGGGGUUCCACAACGAAUGGAAAUGCUUUCGAUACAGAAAAGGCAAGACUGCAUCCAAUACAACUGGACAGUGGCCACAUUGCUAUGACUUACACUGCCCUGGCAUCCCUCCUCAUCCUUGGAGAUGACCUUUCUAAGGUCAACAAGAGAGCUAUAGCAGCAGGCUUGCAGGCAUUACAGCAGGAAGAUGGCAGCUUUUGCUGUGUACCAGAGGGCAGUGAGAACGACAUGAGAUUUGUCUACUGUGCUGCCUGUACUUGUUAUAUGAUUAAUGAUUGGAGUGGUAUGGACACGGAAAAGGCUGUAAACUUCAUCAGAAAUAGCCAGGUGCCUAAUGAUAAUAUUGACCCAACGUGGAAGAUUGGUAGGCGGGUUGUUGAGUUAGAGCUGCUGGCUCAAAACAUGUUCUGAGAUGUAUGCAAUUCGCACUUCCAUCUCUCCAACACCCAGUGCAGACUUGGACUUGGAAGCACGCUCCAUAUUCAGUGCACCAAGGCAGUGUGUGAUGCUGUAUGCCAAGUGGACUCUGGAAAACGGGGAUCAUCAGGGGCGUUUUAUGUAAAUUCCAAGGCUGCUAUAGGUAUGGUUCAUGCUGGAAUUGGCCCAUCACAGGUGAAUAAUUUUCUGGUGGAGUGCAACAUACCCCCCAUUGCUACAUCCACUCUUAAAAGAAAAGAGUCACUGAUUGGAAAGGCUUUGGUGGAAGCUGCAUCAACAUCAUGCAGAGAUGCUCAAACUGAAGAAAAAGAAUUGAGUUCAGAAAAGGUAAUUUUAUUG